AUGUCGGCCCUCUUCCGCACCCUGCGCACCACCUCCCGUCGAGCCCCCUCGACGGUGCGUUCGUACGCGACCGCGACGGAAGGUAGCGGUGCGAACGAGUUCAUCAAGCACCGCGAGGCGAUCCAACACCAUGCCGCCCAGUCCGCGCAGCUGUGGAGGAAGAUCACGUACGUUUUCUUCGAUCAUCUGUUCGCUGUUCGUUUGUGCUGGGCGGGUGCGGUGCGGGGGUUGAAGCGUGGAGAGAGGGGAGGCAUGGGCGAUCUGCGGAGAUUGGGCUUGGGCCGAAUCGGGGCGAAUCGUCCUGUGAGAGCGGAGGCAUCGUCCAGGUACUGCGCUCAUCAUACACGAGAAGGAGCAUAUACCCUUCCCUGAUCGACGAGGAGCGAAUACAUCCCCAAGGCAUCCGCUCCGCUCGAUCCUUAGCCGAUGAUCCCGAUGCUCUCCGCGAUUGGAGCGCUCCCACCGGCCCCCCCCCUCAAUCCCGUGACCUCUCUCCGGGCUGUUGACUUGAUCGACGUGGCUAACCCCAUCCGCACCUUGUUGGUGUUUCAACAGCCUCUACGUCGCUUGCCCCGCUAGUAAGUGAUCCUGUCUCUUCACCGUGGAUCGGCCGGCCUUGGAUCCUGCCCGAACCGGCUUCUCAGGAACAACAGCGGAAUCGGAGAGAUGGGAGGUCUACACCAAUCGAGGUGGCAUCGUCAUGGUCAUACAUCAACGCGAGCAUACCCCGAAGAAUGCGAUCCAGUUCCGACAUCCGAACGAGCGAACGCCCGUCCAGUCCCCCCCCCCACGCGAACCCACGACUAACCGUUCUCCUCCGCGCCCCCUCCGCAGUCGUCGUCGGUUUCCUCAACGCGAUGAACCUGAUGGCCGAGCACGAGGCGCACGUCGAGCACAUCAAGCACGAGAACGGCGGUGAGCUGCCGGAGCGCAUCGUGUACCCUUACUUCAACAAGCGCAUCAAGGAAUUCCCCUGGGGCAACCACACCUUGUUCUACAACCCCGAGGUGAGUUUUAUUCAGCUUUGGGAGAGUGGCGCUCAAUUCUUUUUGGGGAGCCAAGACUGAUCAGAUCGAGAUUAGGUCAACAUCAACCCCGAUGAGGAGUAG